AUGUCUCAGCUGAACGUGGAACACUGGGACCCCAAAAGAGACGGUCCAUUGAGUGAGAGAAGUAUGAGAGAUAAGCUUAGGUCACAGGGUUAUUCAUUUCAAAGAUAUGUUUUUGCUCCUGGUACUGACUUCCCUGAUCAAACUCAUUCCAUGUCCAAAAAGGACUCUAUUGUCUCCGGCCAAUUCAGGUUUGCCAUGUGUGGCCAAGAAGUAAUUCUACAGCCUGGAGACAUGAUUGUCGUACCAGCUGGUACUGUCCACAAUGCUUCUGUGGUUGGAGAUGAGUCAGUGGUUUUCUUUGAUGCCUCUAAGCCAAGAUGA